CUAAAAUCCAGUGAAGGGAAAAGGGCUACUACAGUUACAAGUCUGUAAGAGCGGCUAGUUGCAGAGCCUCUUCUGGCAAGUUCCACGGAGACACAGCACAACAAAAUUCUCAAUAAAUAAUAAAGAAGAAGCAAACGGGCUCAGACAACAAGCUUUAUGGAUGACAUGAACAACAGGUGUGGACAGCAGGAGAUGAGAACUGAGAUAUUUGGAACACCAGCCAUAAAAUUAACACAGGCACUGAAAAGGGCAGAAAAGUUCACCAAGGGAAAAAAGAUGCGUCAGGCCCACCGAGAACGGAUUCGCUGUGUAGCCCUCACGAGAAUUAUCUAUGGAAAGGGGCACUGGAGGCUGGCCCAAGCACUUGCCAACCUUGCUCACAGCUAUCUGAUGCUUCUAGGUUUUCCUGUUCAGGCUGUGCAGCAUGCAAAUUCAGCCAAAGGUACAAUCUUAAUUGGUGGAAGGCCCCCUCAAGUUCCUGCAGAAGAAAUGAAGCAGAUUUUGAGCACUCUUCUGACAAUAUACUAUACUUUGGGUGUAGCACACUGGAUGCAGAAAAAUGGCAAAGAGUCUCUGUUCAAUCUGGAAAAGGCAGAAUGUGUCAUGAAAGAACUGCAGCAGACAGAGUUGGAAGAGACUACAGAACAGAAAAUCUCUGAGGAAGACCUGGCUGCUGCGUUGGGCAGGGCAUGUUUGCUGCAAAACAAGCCAUUGAUGGCAACGAGGCACUUUGAGAAGGCAAUUUCUGCUGUAAUUUCAGCUAGAGGAGAGAUGGCUCCAGAGUUAAUCGAUCUUUAUCAGGAAACAGCCCACAUUGAACAAGUGAAGAAAAAUCACAAAAAAUCCAUAGAAUAUUUAUUGCAGAAUGCUACUCUCAGGGCCCAUUGUGUCGUAUUGACUGUGCACACGAAAUUCAGCCCUCAAGCGGCAUCCGCAGCAUUACUCCUGGGCAAGGCUUAUGCUGCGAGCGGGGAACAAAAGGAUGCAGAGAUGGCUGAAAUGUAUUUCAACGAGAGUCUUCUGGCCUGCAAAGCUGCACUGGGGUCAGGCCAUUCUCAGACAAUCAAUGCCUUGGAAGAAUUCAGUAAAUGGCUUGUACAUAUGGGGAAGAGAGAGCAAGCCUAUGACCUACUUCAAGAGUCAUUUAUGUCCCAGCCAGAUCUGUGUAGCGACUUCAGUGAAAAGGCAGCUGAAAGAUUUUAUAUUAUGGGUGGGAUCUGCCUAGCAGAACAGAAGGUGAAGGAAGGUUACCAGUGGCUCAGUAAGGCACUGGAUGCAUCCAACCAAGGUUUCUGCUUCCAAAUAAGGGAGGAAGUGGGGAGGGCCUUUCUUGACCAUACACACAAAAGCCAUGUGAUCAGAGGCUGUACUAUGGAGAGGAAUGGGUCCAGAAUCCAGAUUGAGUUUAAAAAGCUGGAUGAAUCCGACUUCAUUUCCUCUUACAGAAACUGAUUUCAACUAAAAGAAAUACAUUUCUUUGUCCAAUGAAGAGAAUGAACAUAUUACCCUCUAACCUGAAUAAAAGCGUUUGC